CCGGCCGGCCGGAGACCCAGCACGCUCAAGACAUCGGAGUAGGUCUUUGCUUUCUUCGGUUCCGUGUCACUGCAUCUCCUGUAGCUCAAAAAGCAAACCGGCAGGCUGCAAGAAAGUAGUCGAGUCUGCUUGCUUGUCCAUCAUAUCUAGUGUGUGUGCGCUUCAGUUCAUAAAGCUACAGAGCCUAUAUAUAUAGGUCGGUUAUUUGCAGCCCGGCCAGCACAAAAGGAAAGAAUCAUCCAUCGAUCGGUAGCCGCCGGCGCAGAGGGAGAGGGAUGGGGCUGAGGGAGGUCGAGUCCACAUUGCCGCCGGGGUUCAGGUUCUACCCCAGUGACGAGGAGCUCGUCUGCCACUACCUCUACAAGAAGGUGGCCAACGAGCGCGCCGCUCAGGGGACGCUGGUUGAGGUCGACCUGCACGCGCGCGAGCCAUGGGAGCUUCCAGACGCGGCGAAGCUGACAGCGAGCGAGUGGUACUUCUUCAGCUUCAGGGACCGCAAGUACGCGACGGGGUCGCGCACGAACCGCGCCACCAAGACGGGGUACUGGAAGGCCACGGGCAAGGACCGGGAGGUGCGCAGCCCGGCGCCGUCGGGCUCCGUCGUCGGCAUGAGGAAGACGCUCGUCUUCUACCAGGGCCGCGCCCCCAACGGCGUCAAGUCCUGCUGGGUCAUGCACGAGUUCCGCCUCGACUCGCCGCAUACGCCACCCAAGGAGGACUGGGUGCUCUGCAGGGUGUUCCAGAAGAGGAAGGACAGCGAGCAGGACAACGCCGCCGGGUCCUCCUCGCCGACCUUCGCCGGCAGCUCAUCGCAGGCGGCGGCGCUGCCGGACGACCCGCCCAUGAUGGACGCGUACGUUGUCGACCAGACGGGCUCCUCCGCCGGCUUCGCGCCGCCGCAGGAGAACGUCGUCGGUGGCUUCGACCCGUUGAUGUGGCAGUACAACUCGGUCCUCGGCCACUUCCCGCAGGAAGUGACCAGCUCGCCGAUGAUGGGGAUGGGUCUAGGCUCCGGCGGAGUGGGAGACGGGUGCGGCCUCUUCUACGACACCGGCUUUGAUGACACGGCGAACAUUGGGGGCAUGGGGUUCCCGCAGGGGUGGAUGGGCUAGCUGAUGCGUGGAGAGCAGGAGCCUGCAGUCGUGGAUUGUGCAUUGUGAAGGAAAAAAAUGAUUGAAUUAAUUCCAUUGGUACCUAGGUACGUAGUGUGAGGUUAGAUUUGAAGUUAUUUAGAGUGCACCUCGCCAAAAAAAAAGGGGAAAGGAAAGUAGUGUGCAUGAGCAUGUGAUAGAUAGUUUGUGGUUCACCUGCAUCACGCCAACUGUAAGUAUCUCUUCAUUCCAAUGUUUGUAAAUAAAUUAAUAAAGUCAAUUCAAGUAUAUGCAUGUGUGUCUGGCACAUGAACACUGUUACUGAA